GCUUCCCUUUCCUCCCUUCAACAGUUAGAGAAGUUUUCUCCUCACUACACCAUCUUGUGAUGCUGAGGAGCAGAGGUGCGGACAGAAAGAAACAGAAGAAUCCAGUUAAUCUGAAAUUUUCUUCUGCAGACUUGGACUGAAGCUAUAAGGGUGUGCUGUUUUCCUCGGAUCAGACGCACACAGACACACGGACUGAAGAGAAGAGAAGAGAAGAGAAGAGAAGAGAAGAGAAGAGAAGAGAAGAGAAGAGAAGAGAAGAGCAGCUUCAUCUCUGCCAGUGUUUCCUCGACACACAAAGGUUUAAAGAGUCUUUAGGUCGACCUGAAGAGUUCAGCAGUGAACUAUGGAACAGUUUGUUGAAGACUCCAGCCUGGGGGACUGGGAGGAGAUUGGCUCUGGGGGUUUUGGAGAAAUCUACAAAGCCAGGCAUCAUCAGUGGGGCUAUGAUGUGGCCAUUAAACUGCUUCUUCAGGGUGAGGGGAACGAGAAGUCUUUGCUGCGUGAGAUCAAGAUGAUGAGUCAAGUCACCAGCCCGCAUGUUAUGGCCGUCCAAGGGAUCUUCAAGGGUCGAACGCCCUCCUCUGGCAGGUCAACACAGCUUGGUCUGAUCAUGGAGGUCAUGGAGAGAGGAUCAUUGGCCUCCCUACAGGCAGCAUUGAUGGGAACUCCACCCUGGCCGCUGGUCUUCAGACUGGCUCACCAAGUGGCUCUGGGUAUGAACUUUCUCCACAGUCUGCCCCGUCCCGUGCUCCACCAGGACCUGAAGCCCCAAAACGUGCUGCUGGAUGACGCUCUCAAUGCCAAGCUUACAGAUUUUGGCCUUGCACGGAUUUCCUGCAGCGUCACACAGGUUCCCAAGGAUGAUGAAUCACUAGGAGGGACGAUUAUCUACAUGCCACCAGAGGCUUUAAAAAGCACAUCGUACAAACCUACUAGAUCCUUUGAUAUCUACAGUUAUGGGAUACUACUUUGGUCCAUUGUCACAGGGAAACAACCAUAUGAAAAUGCACAGCCCUACAUAGUGACGAUUCGCGUCCCGCUGGGAGAUCGCCCACCGCUGGAUGAUAUCAAGGGUGAUGCUGCUGGGUUGACAGAGUUGACAGGACUGAUGAAGAGAUGCUGGGAUCAUGAACCUGAACGAAGGCCCAAAGCCCUUGAUUGUACAACUGAGACAGAACAACUGUUCAAGAUGCACAAACAUGAACUCACUGACGCUGUCUAUGAAGUGCUGAAGAAACUGGACCGAAAGGAAGAAGAAGCCAUGGCAGCAGGAAGGCAGGUUCAGAGGAAUCAAAUCGCUGAGGCUCCAGUGGAGGGGAUCCAUCAGGCCCUGAGAGGAUUGAAUCUGCUUGCUGGUCCACAACAGACAGUGGAUCCUCUAAGGGUGCAGAGGCGUGAUCUGAUGAAAUAUUCCGUUAAACUCAGACUGGACACAAACACAGCACACAGAGAACUCAAACUGUCUGAUAACAACAGGAUGGUGACACAUGUAGAGGAGCAGCAGCCAUAUCCUAAUCAUCCAGAGAGGUUUGACUACUACAAUCAGCUGCUGUGUAGAGAUGGUCUGACUGGUCGCUGUUACUGGGAGGUGGAGACAGUAGGAGGAGUGAUUUAUAUUGCAGUGAGUUACAAAGGAAUCAGCAGAGGAGACAGGUACUGUGUGUUUGGACAUAACGAUCAGUCCUGGUGUUUGAACAGCUUUGGUGGUUGUUACUCUGUCUGUCACAAUAGCAGUGAAACAGAGCUCCAUCUCUUCUCCACCAAUGAGCCUGACAGAGUAGGAGUGUAUGUGGACUGGCCUGCUGGCUUUGUGUCCUUCUUUAGAGUCUCCGCUGACUCACUGACCCCCCUCUACACCUUCUACACCACAUUCACUCAACCUCUUUACCCUGGGUUUGGGCUCAUGUAUGGUUCCUCGGUGUCUCUGUGUUCUCUGUAGGAGGAAACAACUUCCUGUCCUGUGGUUUAAAUGUUGGUGGAGGACGAGGCUUCACUUUGGUUCACAUUUUUCUCACUGAUUGUGUCUUUAAUGUCAGAAAUGUUCUUCUUUAGUAGUGUUGAAAACUAGUUAACUGUAUAAACUGUGUUGACUUUGAUUUUCACUUUAAUCAUGUUUUAUUGGAGCAGCUUCAGCUGUUAGUGAUUUAUUUCCAUAAAGGUUUAAAUAUAAAAAGGACUUGAUGAUUUCAACAUGUUUUAACAAAUGUAAAUCUAUUUCAGUUUGAAAAUCAAAGAAUAAAGAUGUUUCCUUCACAA